CAGCGCGCUGAGGCCGAACAAUGCAGCGGAACCAGCUCGAUUCUGAAGAGAAUCAACUCACUGAAUCCGAGCUGAGAGCCAGUUGAGGCCCGUCUGAGCGUCUCUGAUACUCUCUCGCCUGUUUUGCUCUCCGCUGGUGACCCAGAGAGUCUCCGCGUCUCCUGAGGCUUAAAGUUUCUGCCCGUCGCGGAUCCUCACCUGCAGCUCAGCGCUCGCGCGCCGCUAUGACCCUCGACACGGAUUUAAUGGACGAGCUGGUCAUCGACGUGGUGGGCGAGGGCAGCAGGGACUCUGGGGAGGAGCCCGUGUCGGUGUUACCGGGCGCGGACGCCAAACUGUUGCUGCCGGGCUCUGGCGCGAGCCCUCUGUCUCUGGAGGCGGGAGAGGGCGGGGGCGGCGCGGCGGGUGCGGCGGGAGCUCGGCCCGCAGCUCCGGGCAGCAAGAACGGGUCGGUGAAGCCGCCGUACUCGUACAUCGCGCUCAUCACUAUGGCCAUCCUGCAGAGCCCCAAGAAGCGGCUCACGCUCAGCGAGAUCUGCGACUUCAUCAGCCGCCGCUUCCCGUACUACCGCGAGAAGUUCCCCGCGUGGCAGAACUCCAUCCGCCACAACCUGUCGCUCAACGACUGCUUCGUGAAGAUGCCGCGCGAGCCGGGCAACCCGGGCAAGGGGAACUACUGGACGCUGGACCCCAACUCGGCUGACAUGUUUGACAACGGCAGCUUCCUGCGGCGCCGCAAGCGCUUCAAGCGCCAGCACUGCCGGCGCGCGAACGUUUUCGACGAGCGCGCGGCCACUUUCCUCGGCGUCGGGUGCGGCACGUGCGGCCCGUGUGGCGGCGGCGGCGCGCUCGCGCCCUGCGUGCCCUUGCCGAGUCUGGACGCGUGUCCUUUCACCUUCCCUCGCCUCUCCGCCGCGCACGCGCCCGCCGUUCUGCCCGCGCUCUCCGCCAUUUUCCCGCGCAGCAGCAGUCCCUGCCCUCCGUCGCGCGGCCCGCUCGGCCUGGGCUCCCCGUUCUCGGCGUCCCCCGCGCUCUUCCACCCCGUCGCCUUCCCGCCCUUCAUCGGCCUGCAGUACGGACAGCUGAAAGCGCGCGAUCUGGAGAAGUGACGGAGGCGCGCGCAGAGACUCUCAGGUCUGAAGAUUUCGCUUUUCGUUUGUUUUUGUUUUUUUUUUCAAGUGUUUUCGUUCUCAGGAAUUUGAAGCUUUCAGCGUGCAGGGAGCCGGAGACUUUCACUGCGGACGCUCAGCUUCGUUUCACCGGGAGUUUCUCCGCGGGAGAGAAACUCGAGUCCGGACAUCAGGUCACAGGAGGCACCUCGGCAGCUCCGUCUGCUCCAGUCUCAGCUGACGGCGCGAGUUUACUGGAUAAGCCGAAGGAAGUGCCGAAAACAAACGAUUUAAAAAGUAACUUUCAGAGAAUUUUUGACAAAACAGCAUCGCUUUCUUUUUGAAUUCAGGGUCUUUAAUGGCGUAAGUGGCUCAUUCACCCACACACGGUCAUCAUCACCACUGUCACAUAUGACCUGACUGCCCACAGUGUCCACUCUAUGGACUGAUUUACGGACUGAUUCAUGCUUCAAACAGUUUCUGGCUGCAUUUCAUACUACACAGCUAAAGUGCCUUGAGUGACCUACAAAGAUAUAUAUGUAUAUAUAAAUAUUUAAAUGACGA